UCUGGGUCGGCCGCAGGCUGGUAGCCGUAAUGUUUGUGUUUUGGGGCUCCUCGCACUGUUUGGGGUUCAUCUUGGCGCAGGGAGCGCGGAGCUCAUGGAAACGGCCCGGAGGCCUGUGGGGACGAGGCUCUCUUGUCGGGCUGAACCUGUGGGCGGACGCGGAGGUUUCUUAUGGAGCCUUGGUCGUCUGCACCCUCGCAACCAGGAGCAAGGAUGAAGUGGUAUUUUUGAGUCCAUGCUCUUUUAUUUUUAAUUAUAAUUAUUGGUUUAAGGAUUUGCUGUUUGACCCUGUGGAUUGCCCAUAAUGGACAGGGCAGUGGAGAGUCUCUUCAAUUCCUUCUUCACUUCCUGGGUUUAUUGUCGGAAAUCCUUCGUGGCCAGAAUUGUCGCUGGAUCACCCUCCGCUUCCACUGCACUUAAUGUGACGGUGACAUGGCUGUGCCCCAGGCUUUCCCCCUGGGACCCCUCCAUGAGCCUGCAGCUGCUCUGGUGGAGUCCCAGCCCUGCCCUCAAAGCUUGGCUGAGGGCUUCCUGGAGGAGGAGCUUCGGCUCAAUGCUGAGCUGAGCCAGUUGGAGUUUUCUGAGCCCGUGGGCAUUAUCUACAAUCCUGUGGAGUAUGCGUGGGAGCCACAUCGCAGCUACGUGACUCGCUACUGCCAGGGCCCCAAAGAAGUGCUCUUCCUGGGCAUGAACCCAGGACCCUUUGGCAUGGCCCAGACUGGGGUACCCUUUGGGGAAGUGAGUGUAGUCCGGGACUGGUUGGGAAUUGGGGGCCGUGUGCUGACCCCUCCCCAAGAGCAUCCUAAGCGACCAGUGCUGGGACUGGAGUGCCCACAGUCAGAAGUGAGCGGUGCCCGGUUCUGGGGCUUUUUCCGGAACCUCUGUGGGCAGCCAGAGGUCUUCUUCCGUCACUGUUUUGUCCACAAUCUGUGUCCUCUGCUGUUCCUGGCUCCCAGUGGGCGCAACCUCACUCCUGCUGAGUUGCCUGCCAAGCAGCGAGAACAGCUUCUUGGGCUCUGUGAUGUGUCUCUCUGCCGGCAGGUGCAGCUGCUGGGGGUGCAAUGGGUAGUAGGAGUGGGGCGGCUGGCAGAGCAGCGGGCGCGGCGGGCUCUGGCUGGCCUGAUGCCUGAGGUCCAGGUGGUGGGGCUCCUGCACCCCUCGCCUCGGAGCCCACAGGCUAACAGGGGCUGGGAGCCACUGGCCAAAGAGAGACUGAAUGAGCUGGGGCUACUGCCACUGCUAAUGAAAUGAAUGCCUGGGGUUUGGCUGAGACACAUUCAAGGCCCCCAAGUUCUUGGGCAAGCAGAUGACUACACGCCUCUUGGACUGGAGCAACAAGGUCCUCCUCAGCUGCCUGGUUGCUGGGACCUGCCAUGGCACUUUUGACACUACUCCGGCUUGCCCUCCUGAUUCCUGUUUUCUCCUUUCUUUGAGGAUUGCCUCUUUGGUCCUGUGGUACCUAACUCCACAGAGAAGCAGCACCUGCAAACUGCUUAUUUCACUGUUUCUUUGGGAGCCUCUAUUCAGCUGAGAGUGACCUCCAAGGUCAUGUUUGCUGUUCUAGAGAGAAGAUCCUGCCAGGACUCCUACCCAGUCUCAUAGAAGUGUCCUUCAGCCGACCCCUUUCCUCACAAGGACUGGACAAAGCAUGGGAAAUGGGUAUUAAGAAUGAACUUAUGGAAGACUGAGGCUGGAUCAGAGAGAGAAAGAAUUCAGUGUGGCAGAGUGGGAAGUCUUGAAGACCUUUUGAGACUUGUGAACUUUAUGACUUUGGGCAUGUCAGUUAACCUUUCCAAGCCUCAGGAUCCUCAUCUGUAGAAUGGAGAUCCCCACCUCAUGGGUUGGUGUGGGGAUUAACUGAGAUACUACUUAAAGUGCCUUGUAUGGUGCCUGGCACAUGGGUGUUCAUUACACCUCUUUUCUUGCCUCUGGGUUGGGGAGUCACUGCACUACAAGGGAAGCCCUUCCACUUAAAGGCCUUGCUGAGCAGUUGGGUGAGUGGGGGAGAUGUCUCGGCCUCCACCUGUGACCUAGGUGAGGGCAGACUUGCCCUGCCAGAGAUGGAUCAAUGACUAUGAAAAACCCAGCCUGUGAUUUUUUUAGUCUAAGCAUUAAAAGUUCCUAAAUCCUUUUGUGUUGGUGUUUUUUUCCCCCUCCUGAAUGUCAGGUGUGGAAGGUGGUGGUUUAGAUUUCCCCCUCUUACCUCUUCACUGUUCGCAAAGGUUUCUCUUAGGUAGUUGGGGGAUGAUGUAAACAGAUCUCCAAUUGUCUUAGCAAAGCAGCAAGGUCUCUGUGAGGAGCCUGCCCAGUGGCUUGUCUGCUAUUCUGGGCACUCUGGGGAGAGGUGAUGGGUGGAUGGGAGCCUGGUAUCUCCAGCUAACUCAUUUUGUAUGUCUCUUGCUUGCAUGGCUGGUUGGUGUGCCCAUUUGGUAAGGGUUGGUAAAGUGCAUCAAGUUGGGAGCAGAGAAGGUCUUGAGAUCACCUUAAUGAGGAACAUAUGAAUUCUCCUGCAACAGGUCAUUUCCAGCUUUCAAGAUUAAGAUUUUUAGUAUAAGAGUCUGAGUCUCCCCCAUUCUCCCCACCCCACAUUGUAUAAUAAAGAAUU